UUAAUUUCCAUGCGAAUGCGGUCAGGACAAGCUGGAGCCACGCGCUGUCGCAGCAAAAGGCGCCGCAGGAUGUGUUUUGGCGCUGCCCAUCGACCCGCAGCCUGAUCCCAGUUUCGCGUUGUUCUAUGCAAAGUUGUUGGCCUGCCGCUGCGUCAGUCGCUCGGCGCUAGCAGAGGCCAGCAGUUGGUUUUUCCGCCUAGUCUUAUCCCAGCCGACCUAAACAACGCCGCAAAAUGGGCAACAAAAUUGUGACAUUCACCGAACAGCAGUUGGAUGACUAUCAGGACUGCACGUUCUUCACACGCAAGGAGAUAUUGCGCGUGCAUAAACGGUUUCGUGAGCUGCGGCCGGAUUUGGUGCCACGCCAAAUGACCGAGGGUCAGGCAUCGAGUGUCAAGGUUCCACGCGAAUGCAUUGAGAAGAUGCCCGAGUUGCGUGAGAACCCAUUCCGGCGACGUAUCUGCGAAGCCUUCUCACGCGAUGGCCUGGGCAAUUUAUCCUUUGAGGACUUUUUGGAUGCUUUAUCCGUGUUUAGCGAACAGGCGCCGAGAGAUAUUAAAGUGUUUUACGCUUUCAAAAUUUAUGAUUUCGAUCAGGAUGGUUUCAUCGGGCAUGCCGACCUGAUGUCCUGUCUGACAACGAUGACCAAGAACGAGCUCAGCCCCGAGGAGCAUCAGCAGAUUGCCGACAAGGUAAUCGAGGAAGCGGACGUCGAUGGCGAUGGCAAGCUGUCCAUACUGGAGUUUGAGCAUGUCAUCUUGCGGGCGCCAGACUUUCUAUCCACCUUCCAUAUACGCAUCUAGAUGUGGCAAGUUGCUGUUGCAACUUGUCGUUGUCUGCCACAUCACAUAAAAAUGCCAUCAGCGUGAUUAAGCCAGGCCAAUUGUCGUGACAAUGUGCAUGUCAAAUGUCACCCAGCUGCAGUUGUUAUAAAAUUUAUAAGCCCACUGUGUCUGGUGCA